CCCCAAUUUACACUUCCUGGUGAUGCAUCAUCGUUCUGGCCUACUUUCCAGCCCCUGUUCCGAGUUUGCCGCAAACUUUGCAGACAACAUGACUGUUACAACUACUUCUCGCCCUACGAUCCUUGUCAUUCACGGGGCAUGGCAUCAUCCUGAAUUUUAUGCCCCGUUCUGCAAGGCCUUUGAAGACUUGGGCUAUGAAGCAGUCUGUCCUCACCUCCUAACCUGCAACAAUGAUGUACCCCCCACGAAGAAAUUGGAGGAUGAUGUGGCGCUCAUCCGACAGACGGCACAGUCGCUCCUUGACGAUGGGAAAGCCGUCGUUGCCGUCAUGCACUCCUACGGCGGAAUAGUUGGCACUGAUGCCCUACACGGACUGGCGAUCAAACGUCUGAUCUACAUGACUGCUUUUAUACCCCCUAGUGGCAGCAGCCUCGCGGGUAUGUUUGGCGGCCAAUUGCCUCCCUUCAUAACCAUUGAUGAUGAAAAGGAGUUAUUGACAGUCCCUGACCCGGCGACUGUCUUUUUCAACGACCUCCCCUCCGAGGAAGCCGCUACAUGGGCCAAGAAGCUGGUGGUCCACCCGAAAUCUGCCCAAUUUGACCCAAUCUUACGCGAGGCAUAUCGCAACAUCCCCACGACAUACAUUGUGUGCGAGCAGGAUGCGGGUCUCAUUCCCCUCGUUCAGGAGAUGAUGAUAGAAAACGUGCGGAAAGCGGGAGUGGAUAUAGACGUUGAGAGGUUAUCAGCGAGCCACAGUCCGUUCCUCAGUAUGCCGGAAGAGACUGCCAAGCUGGUUCUAAGGAUUGCUUCCCAAUGAACUAUCAGGUAGUCUAGCUGCCUAACCAUAUGGAACGCGGUAUGCGAGAGGUUUUGGCGGAAUUUACUCCGUUAAGGUUCGAAUAGAUCCUCUUAGUUUGAGACAUUUCGUGGGCUGAUACAACGGCUUGGAGCUGAAGAACGGGUCCGAUGUAACGAACCGCAUCCCAGGCCAAUCGCGCUUCGGGAAGGCUUCAAUUUCGCUCGUUGCCCGACCCACUCCGUCCGAUCCUGCAGGGCCAGGAUUGAAGUUUAUUUGAUUAAUCUUGCGUGUUUGGUUUGACCGGUUCCAGACUUUGGGGGUAGUCUCUUUAUUGAAUACGGAGUACUCUGUACUGCUCUUGUC